GAGAUGAUAACUUUGUUUUUUCAGCUCGGCCACUUGUCAACAGAAGCGUGGUCGGGAGGUUCUGACAUAAGGAGGAUCAUCACUUGUGUCGGGACUGUCAUUCAGACUCUGACGCUCUGGAUUAUUGAUUUUCAGUUGAACCCACAUGUUAGGGACUCACGUUGGGGAAGAACCUUAGAAGCACUUUAAAUCCUCCACUCUCCAUCUGCAACAACUAAAUAUGAUGAUGGCGUGCGUUGGUCUGCGGCCCUCGUUCCCUCAGCUUAUGCUGCUGAGGAUGACCGGCACUGCGGCCUCCAGGUCGGCCGCUGCCAGGCAGCCUGACCUUCUCCCAGCGACUCUGGACUUCACAGAUCCGAGCGCCUUCAAGGUGAAGAGCUGGACUGAGCUGCUCCGAGCUCUGGCCGUCUUCCGCUUCUGCUCCUUCCCUGUCCUGGUGAACAACAGUGACAAGCUGUUGUCUGUAGGGCGUGGCCUCGUGGGCAGCAGGGGCGUGUCCCUGCUCACUCGUCCCACUGUGUACGCUCAGUUUGUGGCUGGAGAGAACGAGGAGGAGAUUUCUGAGUCUCUGGAGAAGAUGAAGCUGCUGCGACUGAGGCCAAUGCUGGCUGUGCCCAUCGAGGAGGAUCUGGGAGAGAGCACUGGGGAGAAGAGGUAUGAAGACAACAUGGCCGCCAUGCUGGAGUGUGUGCGUAUGUCACACAGCAGCUCCUGGAGCACGGAGCCCAUGAUGCAGCUGAAGGUCACGGCUCUGAUCAGCGCCGACCUGUGUGUGAAGCUCACAGCCAUCAACGCACAGCAACCGUACGACCUGAGUCAGGUGGUGAGAGCUAUGGAUGGAGAGAUGAUCAGCUUCCCUGGUUUAAACGACAGUGAACUCGCUCACUUCCUUCGUGGUUUGCAGAGACUCAACAAAAUAGCCGAGGCUAGUGUAAACAAAGUCCGAGUCCUGGUGGAUGCAGAGUAUACCUACAUGAACCCCGCCCUCUCUCUUGUCACCAUGGCGAUGAUGAAGAAGUAUAACAAAGAGAGCGCCUGGAUUUGGAACACGUAUCAGUGUUACCUGAAGGAGUCCAGCAGCCUCCUGUUAGACGCUCUGCGUCUGUCUCAGGAGGAAGACUUCUGUCUGGGAGUGAAGCUGGUACGAGGAGCUUACAUGGACAAAGAGAGGGCACUCGCAGAGAAACAAGGACGACCUGACCCCGUCCAUCAGUGCUGGGAGGACACCAAUGACAGUUACAACACCUCUCUGGACGUCCUGCUCAAGGUCAUAUCCCAGCAGCCGCAGCGCCACAGGAUCAUCGUUGCCUCUCACAACGAGGAGUCAGUGAGACGAGCGGCCACAAGGAUGCAAGAGCUCGGGAUAGAAAGAGACGGAGGAUGCGUGUGUUUCGGUCAGCUGCUGGGCAUGUGUGAUCACGUCUCCCUCACACUCGCUAAGGAAGGUUAUGCCGUGUACAAGUCGGUGCCGUACGGCUCAGUGGAGGACACUCUGCCCUACUUGGUGCGUCGGGCUCAGGAGAAUCGCACCGUGCUGCAGGGAAUCCGGAAAGAGCGAGACCUUAUGAGACAGGAACUGAAGAGGAGAUUGAGACUGAAGAGACACACUUAAUGCUCGAUCAUAAUCCUGAUGAGGAUUAUAUGGAGAAGAUGA